AUGAUGAAAAUGUUACCUUUUUUCCAAAGUGGUCCUUUUGGAAUACGUGGUGGAUCAGAGGGUUGCAGUGGUGCAAACAGGCAGCUUGAAAACCCUUCAGCAUCAGUAGCUGAGCAAGUCCCUGCCUGUCCUGAACCUUCCGUAGAUGAAAUCUGGUCCAGGGACCAGGAGAAGAUGAAUGAAAGGCCAGAGGCAGCUUGCAGAGCUUCACGUGCCUCUUCCAUCACAAGCAAUGAGAGCUUAAUCUCUGCUGGUGACAGCCCUGAAAAAGGAAAGAAAAUAAAGAGAAUCAUUGCAGGUGCAUUUAAGAAAAUGAUAAAGACCAAGCCACCCAGUGUUAAACAAAUCAUGGAUCUCCUUGAAGAGCAAAAGCUUUGUGAUGCUGCUCAGCAUCUGAUUGUCCUGGAGAAGGGUCUGUCUAUCAAAAGUGAGGAGGGACUGAACACCAGCCAGCAAGACAUCGAGUCUGUCUACGAAGUUCUGAAGCACAAAGUCUUCAGCGUCUUGAAAGACUCUCUGCUGCUGGCAAAAACAAACCUGGACCUGCUGCAGCAGGCAGUGGAGGCUCUGAAAGAGCAGGAGAAAGAAGAUCAGAACUACAUGUCAGAGAAUCCACCUGAGCAAAAUAUGCAAUUUAGACCUAGAAAAUGGAAAGAACUUUGGAUGGCUACAGUGAAGGAGUCAGUAGAGGCUCGAAUGAAAGACACAAGCCGUACUCCUAGAACUGAAAACCUCUCUGCAGUUGGCCAGAACCUCCUGCACAUGGGAAAGACAAUGAGAGAAGAUUUGACAGUGGUUGUAAAGUACAUUAAACAGCUUUAUCCUCCAGAGUUUAAUGUAUUCACCAUAUAUGCAGAACUCUACCACAAUUAUUUUGCCUCCGAGGCCAAGAAAAGUGCUGAGUCUCCUCUGGAAGAUAAGGAUAUUUACCUUCUUCUCUCAUGGGUGCACAACCUUUAUCCAGAAGAUAUGAGAAAGGAUCGUGCUUUAGCCGAGGAGCUGGAUAAAGUUAAGCUUGGGAGCCUUUUGCCAUCAAGUCUGAGCAAAGAGCUUGAACAGAGAUACCUUGACAGUGAAGAGGUUACUGUCAAAAAAUCGCUGAGCAAAUGUUUAGAUAAAGAAAUCCAAAGAUGGAAAGAAGACAAAGAACCAGAGAAGCUAAAUGGACAUUUUCAGAGUGAACUACUAGGAAUAUUCGUUAUCCAGAGCAUCUACAGUGGCCAGAAACGGGCCCAGAACAUCAGCAGAGCCGUGGGAGAGGAGCUGUCACGCCGCCUGUGGAAGGAGCUCCCUGUCUUCCUGAGCAGCUACAGGGAAGCCUUUGAAGACUUUAAGGAGAAAAGUAAGAAGCACAGACACUACAAGCCUAUCCUGAUUGCCAAUAUUAACAACUGCUGGAAUUUUAGAGAAUACACAGAGAAACAUGUGGCAGAAACGGAUGACAACAGAGCGAGUAUCCUCAGCACUCUUGGUGACAUUGAAAACAGUGGCUUUGAGGUGCUGCUCCAACAGCUCUUUGCCCAGCUGAAG